UGGUGCGCUGUGUCCCUCGGACACAGCGGAUCACCGAUCCAUGGAAAGAGCCAAAGAUGUAGGCUCGGUCAUGUGAUCAGCUGUGUCCAAUCACAGCUGAUCACAUGGCACUGAUGAUCAGUGUAGCCCCAGCAGCACCACCUGUCAGUGUCCAUCAGUGCCAGCUGUCAGUGCUCAUCAGUGCCACGUGCCAGUGCCCAUCAGUACCACAUCAAUGCCACAUAUCAGUGCCCAUCUGAGCUGCCUUUCAGUGUCACACAUCAGUGCCAGUCAGUGCCACCUAUCAAUGUCAAUCAGUGCCACCUAUCAAUGCCUAUCAGUGCCGCCUAACAGUGCCAGUCAGUGCUGCCUAACAGUUCCAGUCAGUGCCGCCUAUCAGUGCCAUAUAUCAAUGCUGCCUUUCAGUGCCCAUCAGUGAUGCCUGUCAAUGCUCAUCAGUGCCACCUACCAGUGCCUCCUCAUCAGUG